AUGAUCAGUGUUUUUCUACCAAAGAAUUAUCCACUCUCAGUCUCUAGUAAUUAUAUUAAUUAUUGUAAAUGGCAAGCAUUGCAAUAUACAGCUGGAAGUUUUUCAGGAGUAUUAACAAUGCAAUCAUUAUUGCAUGCAGCCGGAAUAACCUCACAAUUGGCAUUAGGAGGAAAUGAGUACUUUCUUGCUUUUUUAGGAGGUGCUUUAGCUUGGGUAAUUAAAGAUGGACUUGGUCAAUUAGGAGGUAUAUUAUUUGCAAGUAAGGUCAAUACUAAUUUUGAUGCAGAUCCAAAAUUUUGGAGAAUGGGAGGAGAAUAUGCUCUCGUAGCAAGUGCGUUAUUAGAAGUAACCACACCAAUUACUGGACCAUCCUGGUUUAUUGCUCAAGCCAGUUUGGCAAAUAUUGGAAAGAAUGUAAGCUGUUUUGCAGCUAGUGCAACUAGAGCUGCCAUGAAUCAGUCAUUUGCCAAAUCUGACAAUUUGGCUGAUGUGACUGCUAAGGCAACAAGUCAAGCCCUGGCUUGCUCUCUAAUUGGUACUACUUUGGGAAUUUUUGUGAGUUCUGCACUUUCACUUGGAACUCAAUUCGUGUUUGCAAAAGUGUUUCCAAUAUUUUGCGUACUUUCUGUGAUUCAAUUAUUUUCAUUGUACAAGGCUGUUUCAAAUGUAAAACUGAAAGUUUUGAAUAAGCAAAGAUUUUUGAUAGCUUGCUCUCAAUACUUGAAGGAUAGAGCUGUUUUGGAUCCAUCAAAGGUUUCUGAAAGAGAAAAAUUUGUUUUGCCA